UAAGAGAGGAGCGGAGUUGCCCAUCGCACGCAGCCGCCGCAUGGCAGCAGCUACCACCGCCUCCGCUGCUGCGGGUAGGGCCUUCAGCCUCUGCUGCAAAGCCGCCUCAUCCUCCUCCUCCGCAUCCCUCUUCUUCUCCCCAAACCUAAAACCUCAAGAAUUAGGGCGGCCCUCUUCCUCCCUAUUCCUGGUGAACAAGAGGAAGAGUGAGCGGCCGCGGAUCAAUUGCCUCAUCCCUGGCGUUGAUGGAGGCCUUUGGGAGGGAGGCGAAGAAGAAGAAGAGAUGGGGGAUUUUGUGUCGACACGGAAAGGGGGCUUCAAGAGGGAAUUUAAGGUAUUGGCAAACAUGCUGAAGCAAAUUGAGCCCUUUGACACUUCUGCCAUAGGGAAGAGCGCGUCUGCCUGCUGCAAGGAGUCGAUGAAGCACACCAUCUCCUCCAUGCUAGGCUUGCUGCCCUCUGACCACUUCUCUGUAACUGUCACUGUCUCACGCCACCCUCUUGCUCGCCUUCUCACUUCAUCCAUCAUGACAGGGUACACUCUAUGGAAUGCCGAGUACCGCAUCUCGCUAACAAGGAACUUAAAUCUGACUGACGAAACAAUGGCAAUGCCAUCCUCCCAAGAAUCCAACGUUUUGAAGAGUGAUGAUAGUCAUAUGCAGGAUGGUGUAGAUAAAGCAACUAUGAAUGGGUCUGGCUUGGAUGUCCCUGAGGGUUUGAGGAAUUUGUCCCCAACUGUUUUAAAUUAUAUCCAAGAGUUGAGAACAGCACUGGCAUCUGUUGAGAAGGAAUUAAAUGAUCAAAAGCUGGAAAAUAUGCAGAUAGAAAGUAAUGGAGAUGGGAGCAAUGCUUUGUUACAGUACUUGAGGUCCUUGGAACCUGAGAUGGUUACUGAAUUAUCUAGGCCAUCAUCAUCCGAGGUGGAAGAAAUUGUUCAGCAGCUUGUUGAAAGCAUUCUGCAGAGAUUCUUCAAAGAUGACAUAAGACCAAAACUCAUGGAUGAUUUAGCUAGAACUAAUACAGAGGCUUACAGUGAUGAGGAUGCUGAGCAUUGUGAUUCUAUUGGCACGUCUCGGGAUUACCUUGCAAGGUUACUCUUUUGGUGCAUGCUUUUGGGUCAUCACAUGAGAGGUUUGGAGUACAGAUUGCACCUUAGCUGUGCUGUGGGCUUGUUGUAAAGCGAGUUUGAGUGUGUAUAUUCAUUCUUAUAUUCUACAUCUACAUAUGCUAUUCUUGUGUGUUUUUAACAUCAUAUAUUUUUGUAUUCAACUUAAUCAUAUGUUGAAGAGCAAGUGGAGACUCAGAUGGGCUUCUUUUUGAGC